UUUCCCCCCUCAUCUUCCGACUUUCACUUUCAGUUCUUUUUAACUAAUAAUGAUCGUUAUCUAUGAGAAACAUUUGAAGAUUUUAAAACGCUGCAUUAAAUGAUCUAUCGCAGACAAUGUUUGCCAAGAAAUGUUCUCGUGUUGUUAAAUAACGGAAAAUAUCUUUUAGUUCCAGUAUAAAAGAUAGCCAUGACACUGUCAGCAAUUUUCAAAUUCAUAAAAACUUAUUCGAGAUAUUGUUUUAACAUUUUAAUAAAACUAUAUUAUAGCACUUUUAGAAGGAUUGUUAACAUAUGGCAAUCAUAUCAGAACAGUGAAUUGUACAUCUCGCCAAAAUUGAAGAAUAGGAAGAAGUGUAAAAUAAAAUAUGUAAAAAGUCACUUAAAACAUAAAUAUCGGGAUUACGAAUCCGGACAAAGUCAGAGGUUUAAGUACGUAAACGUCUUUUUGGGUGUAAUAACGAACUUGAAUGCGAAAAUGCCGAAUAAUAGAAAUCGUUCUAGUAGAACACGUUCUGAUAGAAAACGUUUGGCAGCCAAUAUAUCUAAUAAAGGGAUAGUUCAGGAAAAUAAAUUUUCGCAAGAUCGACAAGAAACGGAAGAAACCUGUCCUAAGAGUGAUAGUAAUCCAGAUGGUACUUCAAAAGCAGGACGAAAUAUUCCGGGCGGAAAUUCCGUAGACAAGUUUUGUGAUUCCUUUCGAGUUGAUUCCGGUAAAACCAAUAAUGUAAUUACGCAACGUGAUCAAAAUAAUGAUUCUGUAGAUAGAUAUGAAAAUCCACCGGGAAAAACAAGUCCAACUACCAAAAAGAAAGGAAAGAAAACUAGGUGGAUACUACUAGAUACUUAUGAAUCUCUAUUCUGCAACUCUGAAAAUAGUCAACAAAAUUUGAAUCGAAACUUAGAAAGAAAUAACAAGGAUAACAACUUAUGUACAUUGUCCGAAACAAUAACUUCAGCUGUAGAACAAGAGGAUGAGUUUCAAAUACGUAGUGAAAAUGUUACUUGUUUUACAUCACAGGAAGAGGCUAGUAAAUCUGAUGCACAAUUUUAUCCAAAACAUGAAAUAGAAGGAGAAAGAAAACAUUCGGAUGAACCGGAAGGAGAUAUAGUGACUGUGUUACAUUUUAAAACUCGAAAUAUCCCAACAGGAAGAAAUCACUUUUUCCCGGAUGCUCAUGAAAUUCAGUUGGAGGAAAGACACACUCAAUCUCCAAACGAGACUAUGCAUCUCCAGAAUAAUUUUGAUCCUGUUUCGAUGUGUGAAGUAGAUGGGCAAAUGACAAACGAUAAUAAAUCUGAAUCAACUUCGGAAACUAAAGGCAUUGUCGAUGAAACAGACGAACUCUCUUCAAAUUGUGAUGAGAUUACAUCUGCUGACUCUGUAAAUAAUCAUUUCGUUAUACCAGCAAAUGAAAAUAUGAAUUUGCAAGGUAAUUUUGAACCUAAUCAUGUUUGCAUGUCUAAUGGGAAGGAGCUUACACAAAACACGGCAGCGAAAAAGGACGAAUUUCUCACAAAUGGUCAAAAGGUUAGUGAUAUUUUAAACGAAUCAGUUGAUGUAUCAACAAGUGAUUCUAAACAUUCUAAUGAUAACUUCGAUCUUAAUUCUGUUUCCCUAUCUGGAGCAGAUGGCAACGAAACAAAAACUUAUAAAUGGGAUACAUUUUUUAAAACACAAGACAAGGAAGAAAUAUCAAACGAAAUUCCCUCAAAUGCUAAUGAAAUUCAAUCAGAUGUCAAUCAUAUAGAAAAUGGACCAGCAAAUGUAUUGCCAUGUAAAUAUAUGCAUUUUACUGAUAAUUUUGGUCAAAAUUCUGGUGCCCUUUCUGGAGUAGAUAAGAAAAAAACUGAGACUGAUAAAUGUGAUUUAUCUUUGCAAAGACAAGGCAUCGUUGUGGAAGCAAACGAACAUUCCUCAAAUGUAAAAGAAAUACUAUCGGCGGCCAAUGACAUGGAAAAUGAAACAGUUAAUGUAUUUCCAAGUGGUUCUAUACUUUCUAAUGAUAACACUGAUCGAAAUACUGGUGCCUUUCCAGAAGUAGGCAGAGACGAAACUAAGACUGAUAAAUGUGAUUCAUCUUUGCUUUCGCAGGGCAUGGAUACGGAGGCAAACGAAUUUUCAUCAAAUGUUAAUGAAAUACAAUCGGAAGUAAAAGACAUAAUAAGCGAAACAGUUACUGUAUUGGCGAGUGAUUCUUUACAUUCUAAUCAUAAUUUAGAUCAAAAUGUUGGUACAGUUUCUGAAGGAGGUAGGGGUGAAACUAAGACUGGUGAUAAAUGUGAUUCAUCUUUGCAAACAUUAGACAUGGUUGCGGAAACAAACGAACUUUCAUCAAAUGUUAAUGAAAAGCAAUCGGAAGUAAAGGAAACAGUUAGUGUAUUGGGGAGUGAUUCUUUACAUUCUAAUGAUAAUUUAGAUCAAAAUGUUGGUACAGUUUAUGAAGGAGGUAGGGGUAAAACUAAGACUGGUGAUAAAUAUGAUUCAUCUUUGCAAACAUUAGACAUGAUUGAGGAAGCAAACGAACUUUCAUCAAAUGUUAAUGAAAUACAAUCGGAAGUAAAAGACGUAGUAAAGGAAACAGUUAGGGUAUUGGCGAGUGAUUCUUUACAUUCUAAUCAUAAUUUAGAUCAAUAUGUUGGUACAGUUUCUGAAGGAGGUAGGGGAGAAACUAAGACUGGUAAUAAAUGUGAUUCAUCUUUGCAAACAUUAGACAUGGUUGCGGAAACAAACGAACUUUCAUCAAAUGUUAAUGAAAAGCAAUCGGAAGUAGAGGAAACAAUUAGUGUAUUGGGGAGUGAUUCUUUACAUUCUAAUGAUAAUUUAGAUCAAAAUGUUGGUACAGUUUUUGAAGGAGGUAGGGGUAAAACUAAGACUGGUAAUAAAUAUGAUUCAUCUUUGCAAACAAUAGACAUGAUUGAGGAAGCAAACGAACUUUCAUCAAAUGUUAAUGAAAUACAAUCGGAGGCCAAUGACAUAGAAAAGGAACUAGUUAAUGUAUUGCCAAGUGGUCCUAUACUUUCUAAUGAUAACAUUGAUCAAAAUUCUGGAGCCUUUUCUGAAGAAGGCAGAGACGAAACUAAGACUGAUAAAUGUGAUUCAUCUUUGAAAACACAAGACAUGGUUGUGGAUGCUAACGAACUUACAUCAAAUGUGAAUGAAAUGCAAUCGGAGAUCAAAGACAUGGAAAAUAUAUAUUCACACAAUUUUGUGUCCACAGCUGGAGCACACGGAGAAAAGACAGAAAAUGAUAAAUUAGAAGUACAAGGUGUAAAAGUACCAGAAAACGGUAAUUCUUCAUGUGGAGUUAACGGAAAAGAGAAUACUGCUAAGUCGGGAUUAAUUUUGGAAAAUGUUUCUUCUAAUAGUUAUGAAACUCAUCUAGAGUCGAAUCGAACUAUGUAUUCUGAAGAUGAUAUCUACGAUAAAGGUAAACUUUUAUCAUUUAAAAGAGAUGAAAAUUCAAGUCCGAUUGGAAAAUCUACACAAGCGAUUUCAUACCCCUCGACAUCACAGUUAAAGAGACAAGAUUCUUUUAGUUCAGAGAAAAUUAUAUGUGAACCCAGUCAAAUGUUCCCUCAUUUACUUCUAAGUACCUUCCAAAAUAUUUUCGAAGAAUAUUUUUCUCAAAAUUGUCGAAUAUUUCAAGAACAGCUGCUUAGGUCUACUCAUCUUGAAAGGGAAAGUAACGAUAUUUCAUCAAAAAGUGAACAAAAUAUUGUUUCUCAUCCUGAAUCUGAUGUUGGAACAUCAAAUUUGCCUGCAAUAAAUUUAAAGGAUGGCAGCCAACCAUCAUCAUCCGAACUUCAUGAUAACACAAUGAGUUCAGGGACUACGUAUUCCAAAACAGAAUUCCCCAAUGGAGAUCCGCGUAAUGACCAAGAAGUCAAGAGCAAGGAUUUGUCCGUAGAAAAACAGAUUACACCUUCAAACAACCAAUUGAAUCUAGGUCCGAAUAUUGAGUCUGGUCAUGCUUCUCCUUCGAGUUCACAUGCUGUAAGAUUUUCAGAUAAAUACUGCAUGAAAUUACCCGAAUGUCCUGAGCCUUUUUCUAACUUUCUCCUUUGCCCAUGCUGUAUUGAACAAUAUGAGAAUUUGAGAAAAAAUCAAAAUGUUGUUCAUUUGUUUGAUGGUUCUAAAUUUAUUUGUGAUAGCUUCAGCAAUACGACUUCGAAGACAAGCAUAAGUAAUGAACCCGGUACAGACGUAACAGAAAAUAUAUUCGGUGCAAUAAAUGUUGAAAUAGCACCAUACUCUGAUAAACAAGAGUCAGUUGAAUCUAGUGGUGCCUUUUCAAGCGAUGUGAAGUUAACUAAUCCUAAAUCAGACUCUGUAAAUGGAAUAAUAUAUAUGGAACCAUUAAUUUUGACAGAACGAAGCAAGCCAAAAAAAUUAGAAAUGGACUCAGUUGAAAAAUUUAAUCAGGAUUCUAUGCUGAAUGAAAAGGUAAUAAGUAGACAUCGCGUUUGCAAUGAUAUGAGCCUUAACUUAGAUUCUUCUGCUUUAUUAAAAAAAGGGGGUUCUGAAAAUUCUAUUUCAUUAAAUAAGGUAUCUUCUGAUACACUUCCAUUAAUUUUGACAGAACGAAGCAAGUCAAGUGAAUUUGGAAUGAACUCACUGGAAAGUAUCAAUCUGAAUUCUAUGAAUAAUGAAAGAGUAAUAUGUCAACAUGACGGUAACAAUGAUUCGAGCUUUAACUCUGACUCUGCUUUACCGACUAACAUAGUUUUUGAAAACUUGGAUCUUUCUUUAAAUAACGAAGGCUCUGAAAACUCAUGUGUUACAUCAUUAAAUAACGCAAUUUUUGAUGCUCUUCAAUUACCAUUACCUUUGAAAGAACGAAGCAAGUCAAGCGAAUUUGGAAAGGACUCUGUUGAAAGUAUCAAUCUGAAUUCUAUAAGUAAUGAAGGGGUAAUAAGUCAACAUGACGGUAACAAUGAGUCGAGCUUUAACUCUGGUUCUGCUUUACCGACUAACGCAGUUCCUGAAAACGCGGGUUCUGAUUUAUUUGAAACUUUUGGUCAUGCUUUAUUUAAUAAAACAGCUUCUAAAAAUGAUAUAGUCAUGCAUAAAAAUGCACCUCUUACAGAUAAUUUAGUCACAAAAAAAGAAAAUGCAGGUAGAACAUCACAUGUAAGAUGUCGAUCAAAGUUUAGAAAAAGCGUAGCAAAGAGACCUUCAAAAUGUAUCUCUAGAAAAUAUUUAUCUGCCAACUUAGAAGAAGUGUCAAAUAUUUCAGAAAAAAAUGAAUCCUUAUUGGAGGAACGAGACACAGCAGCUAACGAGCCAAGCUUUAGUUUAAGUAGCACUAUGAAGUCUCUAAUUCGAAAUGAAGUAGAAGUAUCUGAAAUAGUUGCUGAAGAUAAGGCUUGUUCAAAAAAUGAAAUUGUGGAUGCUAUGGACAAAAAAGAAAUGUUGGAUUCCCAUGGUACUACCGAAAUGAAGUUCAGUUCAGUGUUAACUAAUCAGAUCGUUUCAAAGAAGAGAAGCAGCUUGGAGGCAAAUAGUUUAUCAACUCGGAGUUUCACAUCUUUGAACUGGAGGCCAAUGAAAAAUAUAUCAUCAUCUGAAACCGAUUCUGAGGACAGUUGCAGUGACAUUGAGCCAGCCACAGUGGCUAAAUGUACUAUUGAUUCUGUAAAAUUUCGCAAUCAAUUUCAUUAUUCCAAAAGUCAGCAACAAAAGACUACACAAGAAUGGUUGAAUGACACUAAUGGAAAGUGCAUUCCUUCUGAUAUUAAGCAAAGGCAUGGACAAGACAAUAAAUGUGUUGAAUUUGUAGGUAACUCUUGUGAAUUCCGUCUCGCGGGCAAAUCUAGUUUGUGUUUAAGUUCUGACAAUUUAAAGCUAGAAAUAUUUAACAAUCCAUCUUUUGUGAAUCUGGAAUUAAUUGGGGGAAAAAUGGAAAAUAAUUUGGAAGAUACCAAUGUUGAAUCAGAAGGUGGAAAUUGCAAUUUAGAAUUAUCAGCAUCCGCUAAUGUUUCAAACAAGAACAACAAUCAAGAGGCAACAGAAUCUACUGCGUUAAAAAAAGUGGAGACAAACUUACAUAACUCGCCCUGUACCGUUAAAAGGAAAGUAGUUAAAAAAGGUAAGCCUAGUAAAAUGCAGAAUAAACCAGAAACUAAAGUAGAAGUUGGAGAAAUGCAAAACUCAGUAAUGCGUCAAGCAAAACCUAAACAGCGUCGUAAACGAAGCACACCAAAGAAAGGGAUAACACAAAAGGGAAUUGAAACACAUGCAGAACAUCAGUCAGGAAAUGAAGAAAUAUGUUCCAAUAACCAAAGCUCAACUUCGUUCCAAAACAACAAAACUCAUUAUGCGCCAUCGACUUUGAUGAGAGCUAACUUACCAGACUAUUCUGAUUUGACAGGAAUCGCUAAGCCAAAUACUGUUUACGAAGGUGAAAACCACCAACUAGACGCAAUCGAAUCUGAUUCUUUCGCAAUCACAGGAGAGCCAAUUGUUUUAGAUGAGGAAAACAGGGAUUUAGCUGCAGCUAGAGAUAUUUCUAACAGCAUGGAAAGUUUAGUUGACUCACUUUGUAACUUCCAUUUCUCAGACAGCAGAGAGAUAGUUGCAAUAAAUGAAAAUGACGAAUUCAGUUUUCAAAGCAAGAAUCUUAAGAUGACUUUUCAGCCCAAUUCAGAUAUGGACAACUUCAAGUUUUGUUAUGAACGCUCGUUUUCAAAAUCUGAAUUGGAGUUCGAAGUUAAUGAGAAAAAACUAUUUUUGGAAAUUGGACAUAACUGAGUUCAUUCAAUCCUGUAUUUUGAAUGUUAUUUUGGCUUUUCAUUUUUUAAUAAGAAUUACUGAAUUUUUUUUUUCUUUUCUUAAACUUUAUUAUUUUCCCUUAAUAUAUUACAAAAUAUCUUUAAGAUAUACCACCUUCUCUGCGGUACUUAUAUUUAUAUCAAGUCUUUGAAAAUAAAUAAUUUGUUAGAGUUAUUAAAUUUUUAUGAAAACAUUUAUGAAGCGUUUAAAAAAAUUAAAAAGAUUUCCCAAGUACCAAGAAUAAUUUUAAUUAAGUGAUGCAUCAAAUGAUUUUGUGGCAUUGAGUGUGAUUCUAGCCAACUGAUUAUUUCAGUGUUACAAUUAGGUAAUUAUGCGUUAAUCGCCCAUCGGAUAAUUUAUUUGUGCUAAUUUAAGUUUGGUUUAAAAUUUCCAAAGGUAUUAAGCUAAUUUAUUCUGGUCUCUGAAAUCGUAAUUGAUCUUUUAGCCUAUUUCUGUUGUAUAGAUUCCUGUUGCAAUAAAUUAUUUUGCCAAUAAAUAACUACUUGCCAAUAAAUUAUUUUUUGUAUACGAUAAAUCCAGUAGGCAAAUUGAGCCAUUAAAAUACCAAAAUCGCGGUGUAACAGGAAGAGCAUGAGAUAGUAAAAUAGCUGCUACUUUUCAUUUUUAAAUUUAAUAUAUUUAAAAAUAAUGCUUUUAAAUUAUCUUUAAUAACCUUUUAAGUAAAAUUUCAUAAUUCUAAUUAAAAAGUGAUUGAGCAUUUUGAUGUCUUGAUUCUAAAAUUUUCCUUGUUUCGAAAGUAUUUUGAUUGUUUGUUUGUUUGAUGUAUGUUUUUGGAUCUAAUUUCCAUUUUUUGGAUUUUUGAUUUUAUUCUCAUUUAUUCCCUGUGUCUGUUAUAAGUAUAAAUAUCAGGCAUUCACAAAAGUUGUGACGUUUUUGUCAGGGAGGGAAAAAAACACCUGAUAAUUUCAUGUAAAAGCAUUUUAUACAGCGAAAUCAGCUUCAAUUAUACGUGUCCAACCAUAUAAUACUCGUACAAGCUUGCAAAUUCUGCUUUUUUUAAUGUACUGGCAACAAAAACAGUCUACGUGGUAUUAACAUGGUUUUGAAACUGUUUUUCAUUCAAAUGACUAAAUACAAAUGAUAUUCUAGUAGUGUAUAUCGGGAGAGUAAUGAAAACAUUAAAUUCAAAAUUU